AUGGGAACCAAAGUGACUAAGCGUAAAAGGGACAGAAAGAGCAAACCAACCGCAAUGUUCAGUUGUCUCGCUCGCACGAAGUCCACAAUGGAAUCCGCGAAGCUCUCCAUGACGCCCGCUUACAAUUUAUACUCGGGUUUUUGUCAGGAGACGACUUUACACGGUCUUCGGCAUACCGUGGAGCAUUCAGUCCACUGGUUUGAGAGGCUCCUCUGGUUCCUCUUAACCCUGAGCGCCUUCGGCGGAGCAGUCUACUGCGCCCUGAGUCAGCUAUCCCGGUACAACUCGGAGCCUGUGGUGGUCUCCCUGCAGCGGGACUACCGCAGCUUCUGGACUAUGUUCCCGGCCGUCACGGCCUGCUUGCUGGACAGAUUGGAGCCGGUGAAGGCAAGGGAGGCCAUUGAAUUGAAUUGGAACAUAACGGAAGAAUCAGAUCCUGAACGUUACGAAUAUUACUACGGUUUCCUGGAAUUGGUGACGGAUGUCUCCUUCAGGACGAACCUGCAGAACUUCUGGAAGUAUCAGAACGACGAGACGCUGAGGGAUGUUGACCUGCUGCAGUUGGUUAUAGCUGUACACCCGACCAUGCUGUUGAAGGUUAUGAUUUCUGAUGUCACCAAAGAGGUUUAUUGGGCGCCUGUAAUGACUGAAGUGGGUAUGUGCAUGACUUUCAACUCACACUACGCGGAGUUCCAGUUCGUGCUUCAAGACGCUGACUGGGAGAAUGACAGGCUGCUCAAGUGUCAUUACCACAGCGGGCAGUGCUUCGUCAGGAUCGACGCUGUGAACAGGGCCGUCAGGUUCUUCAUCCACUCUCCGUUCGAGAUCUCCACCGCUAUAUCCAACCCCACGGGCGACGUCACACCAGGAGAAGAGCUGAUCAUAGACUUUAAGGCGAUAGAGAUUGAAGCGGCGCCGAGUGUGAAGACCCUGAGGCCGGAACAAAGGCGCUGCCGCUACCCUGACGAGUGGAUUGGUAGCAGCAUUAAGGCGUAUAGCUUCGGCCUCUGUCAGAUGCACUGUCGGAAUCGCAUGGCCAUGAUGUUCUGCGGUUGCAGACCCUACUUCUUCGUCAAAGGAGUUUUGCCGUUCGGAAUGGAUGUUGGAUUGCUUGGCGCUGCCGCUUAUUAUUUUGCCAAAUUGAAGAAGCCUGACCAUCAUAAUGUUAUAAGUAUAUUCGGGCCCGAUCCCUAUGUGAAGGAUGGGAGUCAAGAAGACAGGGUGGUGCAUUGUAUAGCCCAUAGAGGCGCGGGUUUGGACGCGCCAGAGAACACUUUGGAAGCUUUUAAAUAUUGCGUAGAACGCGACUGCAAAUUCGUAGAGCUGGACGUGCGGUCCUCCAGGGACGGGAAGCUGGUGCUGCUGCACGACCAGGGUCUGGAGAGGCUGGCCACGACUAGUGUGACGGACGUGCACGCCGUAGAUUGGGAGAGCUUGAAGAAUAUUGACGUAGGCGCUACGCAUCCCAACAGGAGUCAGUUCAAAGAAGUCCACCUGUGUCUGCUGGACGAAGCGCUGGAUUACCUCCUGGAGAACAAUGUGAGGGUCAUCAUCGAUGUCAAGGGUGAUGACAGUCAGGUGGUGAACGGUAUCCUACAAACAUACACAUCCAGGCCGCUGCUCUAUCAAUACGCUGCAGUUACGUGCUUUAAUCCCUUCGUAUUGUAUCAGAUUCGCAAACGCGACCCCAACAUAGUCGGUGCAAUCAGUUACCGACCUUACUGCUUCAGCGCUCAGGAUUACGACGCUGAGUGUGGACCAACAAACCCUAGACGCGGUGAGAACCUCUUGCUCCACGCGGCGCUGCGCUGCCUGGACGCGCUUCACGCGCUGGCGUGGCGGCGCGCGGCGCGCUGCUGCGGCGUCAGCGCAGUACUGCUACACAAGGACAUCGUUAGCCCAAGCGAAGUCCACUACUGGAGGUCAAUAGGCGUCCGCUGCGCCGGCUGGACGGUCAACAGGCCGCUGGAGAAGCUGUACUGGCGUGGGGUGCUCAAAGCUCCUUAUUUGGCCAACACUCUGCUCGGGGAACCCGAUGUGCAAGACACAAAGCGGCAGUCAUCGGAGAAGAAUGAGGAAAUUGUGGAUUAAUCGUGACCUGAUUAGAGACACCUGCCACAUGAGACAUCAAACACUAGUUAAAUAAAAUAAAUAUAUACGGAACAAAUUACACAGAUUGAGUUAGCCUCAAAGUAAGUUCGAGACUUGUGUUACGAGAUACUAACUCAACGAUACUAUAUUUUAUAAUAAAUACUUAUAUAGAUAAACAUCCAAGACCCAGGACAAUCAGAAAAAGUUCGUUUCUCAUCAUGCCCUGGCCGGGAUUCGAACGCGGGACAGCGUAUUCUCGCUGCGCCACAGAGGCAGUCUUCUAAUAAUUUUAGAAUUUUUUUUAGACUUAAUAAUUACAAAGAUUUUGUGCACAAAAAGCGCUUUAGAAAUUUCUACUCGCGUGAAAUGUUUCCGAAGAUAUAUGUACCUAAUUAUAAUAUGUUUAACGCCAUUUAUUAGGUAAGAAAAAAUUGAGGGUAGAUUUAUAAUAAUUUUAGGUAUAUUUCGUAAGAAUUAUGGUAGGUAGCCGUAAUAUAACUUAUUAAUUCUAAUUUGCUGAGGAAACCUUUCAUUCCUACACGGUUAUCAAAAUUGUAACACGUUAAUGUAUUGAAUUGAUUCUGGCAAAUCAUACUUCUGAUUUAUAGACGUAGUAAAAGAGGUGGACGGAGUUAUACUAUACGCCAAAAUGAAGCAACAAUAAUAGUCCACUGUAUAUAUACACGUCUCACGCACACACUCUCAUUUAUAGUAUGACAGUACCGUCAUAGGUUAUCUCACGAAAUAAGAAAAUGCUGCAGUGCAGUUUGUCACCGUUUCAUCUGCACUGACGCUUUGGAAACGGCAGUAAACUUAGUUUUAAGUAAUUUAUUUGACGUCAAACCAAUGUUGUGAAACCAAAAGAUAUGACAAUUAUUAAGCGAUUUAAAGUAUCCUGUAAUAAUUAAUAAAAAUUUUGAAUUUGAAUUUGGAAACUCACACAUGCGUACAAUGCCGCCAUUACGAUGCUUCACUUUUUUUUCAAGGCACACUACGUCCACAUUUUUUUCUACGUCUAUGGAUCUGAUUGUCAUUAUUCAGACUUUAUUGACAGAUGUUAUGGCCGUUCGCCACAAUUGUUAGAAGAAUUCAAGUCAUUUAUCUAACGGUGCUUACAGAUUAUACAUACAUACAUACGUAUGAUCAGUCUAUAUUCCUUGCGGGGUAGACAGAGCCAACAGUCUUGCAAAGACUAAUAGGCCACGUUCGGCUGUAUGGUUUAAUGAUAGAAUUGAAAUUCAAAUAGUGACAGGUUGCUAGGCUGUCGCCUAA